CAAUCUAUUCCGAAUGUUGGAUUGUAAUGGACUAUGAGAAACUUCCAAUAUUUCGGUACGAGCUGGCUAAGGACUGGAUAUGCUUCAAAUAUUCAAAUAUCUCAGCAUGGUUACAUUCUCAAGCCAGUUGAACUGCUGUACAAUCAGACAACCUUAAUUUUGGCUGGCCUUGGAGUGGCUGGUGCUGCAGUUGCUGGGCGAUUUCUUAUUCAAGGAUUGAGAAAAAUUGACUUGUCGUCUGUGAUUGAUGCAAUUCCAAAGAAUCUUCCAAAUUCGAAUUCGUUCAAAGGCUACUAUAAAGGUGGUUUUGAGCAAAAAAUGUCCAAACGAGAAGCAUCUUUAAUUUUAGGUGUUAGUCCGUCAGCUCCUAAAUCUCGAGUGCGCGACUCGCACCGAAGGAUUAUGUUGCUAAAUCAUCCGGACAGAGGUGGUUCACCUUAUCUCGCCGCGAAAAUCAACGAAGCUAAAGACUAUUUGGAAGAAUCUUCAAAGUAGUUUGUAUAACUUGUCCAAAAGGUGUAUUUAAUGUUAGAAAUAGCACAAAAACUACUUAAUAUUAUUUUGCUUGUAUGAAAAUAUGUAUUUCAAAAGCCUUAUAAAAUACAAUCACGUAUAUUAGACCACUGAA